GCAGUAUCAGAGAGAAAGAGAGAGGAUGAGCUCUAGUAUGAGGGAGAAGGGGCGCAUGUGCAAAUCGAAAGCAAUGUGACGCAGGCAAUUAGCAAGUUAGCUAUAAACGCAGAUCAAAACUAUUUUCUCAACGUAUUUUAUUGAUUUAUGCAUGCAAGAAGGCGAUAUUCUUCAAGGUAUAUAUUUAAGUUUUACAAGUGGACCACAGAAGAGAGCAGCCCAACAGGAUGGCCAGUGUGAGCUGUAGUAGAGCCAGACUGGUGACAUACCUGCCAGGGCUUCAUGUACUGGUCCGGCGGAUCGCUGGACCCAACCAGAGAACAUUCUCUGGUGCUGGAUCCUCUGGCUCUGAUGAGCCUCGAUUAGCCUUCACACCACCUGAUCUUGGUCACAGGACAGUGUGGCCUGAUGAGAGCAUGGGUCCGAUCGGGCCUCAGGACCAGCGCUUCCAGUUGCCAGGUAUUGCAGGCUUCGACUGCCACCUGGAGAGUACAGCAGAAGAAAAGAUUAAAGGCCCAGUCCACCAGACAGUCCCCGACGUGCUGUCUGCCCCCUCCAGCAGCGAGAGGUAUGAGUUCCUCCUGGCUCAUGUUGUCGGAGAGUUCCAAGCGAAAGCGGCCACUCCCCCAGAACAAAAGGUCAACAGAGCAGAACAGGACUUUGAGAACUCGAAUGUGGAGUGUGCCAUACAAUCCUGCCCUGAGCUGCUGAAGAAAGAGUUUGAGUCAAUGUUCCCUGAGGCCCCUAACAAUUUCAUGACGGUUGUCACAGUGACCCAGAAGACGCAGAAUGACAUGACAGCGUGGUGUGAGGCGGUGGACAAAGAGAGGGAGUUGAUGCUAGACAAAUUUGUUGCCAGUGCCAAGGAGAUCUGUUAUGCCCUGAGGACAGAAGGCUUCUGGGCUGACUUCAUAGACCCAUCCUCAGGCAUGGCGUUCUUUGGGUCGUACACCAACAACACACUGUUUGAGACUGACGAGCGGUACCGUAACCUGGGCUUCAACAUCGAGGAUCUGGGCUGCUGCAAAGUCAUCCGCCACAACUUGUGGGGAACACAUGUUUUCGUGGGGACAGUUUUCACCAACGCACCUCCCCAUAGCCAUAUCAUGAAGAAGCUGCAAGGGAACUACAGCUGAAUGAUGGGAGAGUGUCUGGUAUGUGGUUGCUAUUAAACCUUGAUGUGUCAUGGCUCUUUACACAGGCUUCGACUACUGUUUGGAGAGCUGUUUGUUGUUCACAUUUCUAUAGAAACCAGCCAAAUAGUACUAUGGUGAAAUACCCACACCCAAAUGGUCCCUGAGGGUUUUACCAUUAGAGUAUAUUUAAGCAAUAAGGCACGAGGGGUUGUGGUAUAUGUCCAAUAUACCACAGCUAAGGGCUGUUAUUAUGCA